CGUACAAGGUUUAUGAUUUCAAUUUUUACUAUAUAAUUCAAAAUUCAAAAUUCAUAUAUCAAACGAUUUCUCUGCCAAAUGUGAUGUUUCUUCCGUAAUACUAUAGUAUUACUCUAGGGUUUGUUCCAAAUUUAAACUUCUGUAGUGGCUGUUAAUUCUAUUAAUAUUAUUUUGCAUGUUUACAUUAUGAAGGUAGUAGUUCAACGUGUUUUAAGAGCUAAAGUUUCAGUUGAUGGACAUGAAGUCAAUUCAAUAACUAAAGGCUUAUGUUUGUUGGUCGGUUUGCAAAAAACUGAUCAAAAAAAUGAUAUUGAUGAUAUGGUGCAGAAGAUAUUAAAGCUACGUCUUUUCAAUCAAAAUGAAAAAAAAUGGCAUUGUAAUGUAAUGGACAUGAGUUAUGAAAUAUUGUCAAUUAGUCAAUUUACUCUAUGCUAUAAGCUUAAAGGAAACAAAUUAGAUUUUCAUAUGGCAAUGCCUGGAGGCCUUGCGUUACAAAAUUAUCAAUAUUUUUUAGAGACUUUGCGUAAACAUUACAAUCCAAGUAAAAUUAAAGAUGGAGCAUUCGGGGAAAUGAUGGAAGUUGAAAUAGUGAAUGAUGGACCAGUGACUGUUCAAUUAGAAUUUCCCAAUCCUGAAAAAUGUUUUGAUGGAAAAUCUGAAAAAUUAGGAGAUAUGGAUAAAGAAUAGAUUAAAAAGUAUUCUUUGUCUGUGGGCUGGAUAAAAUGUGUUCCGGGGCCACUGGGCCAUAGGUAAAUUUACCUAUUAUCAAAUUUAAAGGUAAGAAUAUUAUCUAGACAAUGACAUAUGCUUUUAAUGAUAUUAUUAUUUUAAAGUGAGUUACAGCUAUGUGAAAUAUUACAACUUUAAAAUGUUCAUAACUCACCUUAAAAUGAUAAUAUCAAUAAAAUCAUAUGUUAAUGUCUAGAUAAUAUUCUUACCUUUAAAUUUGAUAAUCGGUAAAUUUACUCUAUUAUUAAAGCUAACAUCUCAAAAUAUAGGUAAUUCUGCUGAACGAAAAUUUGUUAUGAUGUAUGUUAGUAAGACAGAGACAACACAUGCGGGUCCUCUUAAGCUCAAACUUGUAUUUUUUUUUAUUUAAUAAAUAACUAUUUUAUUUCAACUGAUAAA